AGCCAUUAUCUAUAAAUGAAAUACGUCACUAAGAAAUCAGACGUCAUCUCGCAGCUCUUCCGGUUUGCCUUGGUUAAAAGUCGUAACCAUGGAAACCUUGAAGACGCGGAACAAACAAAUGCAGCAAGCCUCCUCCGCUAGCGAGAGAAUAACAACAUGUACAUCUAUUGUCAAACAUUUGUUUUUCUCUCGAUAGAUUGUCAGGACAUGUUUUUGUGUUAGAUACCAGAUAGAUCGAAACCAGUCAAAUUAAAGUACAUUGUAGAAAGUUACCAUUAGACGCGCAGUCUAAGUUCGUGCACCAAGAUGUCUGUGAUGUCUGAGGCUGUUUUCCCCCUGGCAAACCCGAAACAAACGAAAAAACUGUGUGAGAUUUGUCAGAAACCCGCUCACAUCCAGUGCACCAGAUGCCGUGUUACUUUCUACUGUGAUGUAACUCACCAGCAGGCAGAUUGGAAUAGCAUCCAUGAGAAAGUGUGUGAGCUGAUGAUCUCUGUACGAACCCCUGCACCAUUCUGCAGUUUCAAGGCUGAACGAGACAUCUAUCAAAUGCAGACACUGAAAAGAUUGGAGCACUUAAGAGAGCUUGCCCAUGCUACAGCUAAGAACUGGGUGUCAGAAGGGAAGUACAGCGAGGCAGUGCCAGCAGCUCAGCUCGUCCUGCACUGUGCUAUUGACAUUUACGGCCCUGAGGCUCUUGAACUGGUGCCAGCCUACUUGCUGCUUGCUGAAGUCAGUAUAGGUUUAGGUUCUCUGUCUCAGGCUGAAAACUGCCUCUCACAGGCUGAGUGGAUGGUAAGGAAGAAUCCGGGCUGCAGUCGAACAGUUCUUCAUCUGCUUCACAGAACGCUGGGCCGCCUCUGCUCAGCCAAAGAAGACUACAGCUCUGCCCUGCUACACUUCGCCAAUGAUGUGUACUAUUCAAGUGAGGAGUUUGGUUUGGACAGUUUGGUGACUGCUGAAGGUUAUUUUUUGAUGGCAAAUGUUUUCAUGAAACAGGAAAAGACAGAUAUUUCAAAUUCACUCUAUGAAGAGGUUACCAGAACAUGGCAUGCUCACCUGUCUCAGCUGAUGGAAAGUUACAGUCAAAAGGAACAUGAGAGCGCACAAUACUUUGAUGUGGCAGAGUGUUCAGAGGUGAAUCAGAUGUUCAGCGUAAUGUUGGAGGCUCAGCAGCAGGAUGUAAAUACACAUCCUGCAUACAGCACCACACUGUCUCACAGUCUAGAGCAGAGGGCGUUGCUGUCUCACUCUCUCGCCAUGUUCUGGUUUCUCUGUAACAACCACAAGAAGGCGCUUGACUUUGGCAAGAUGGCAAAGGAGUUUAUCCAGCAGUGUGAACACAACAGCCUGGCCGAGUCCAUCCAAAGCCUUAUACAACGAGCAGAAGAGCACGUCGAGCAAGAACAAUCACCAGUCCCUCACCACUAACUAAUACAUUCAACACUCCUAUACCAACACACUUAAUAAUAAACAGCACACUCAACACACAGCCCUGACUAAUCUUAUCACAUUCACCACUUACUCAUAACCUCAAUAUAAAAUAUUCACACACACUCCUCAAAGAUCCAAAUAACACAAUCUAAAUAAACGUCUGGUCCAUCUGAUAAACAUUGUAA